AUGGAGAAGUGGAUCUACCGCGUAUCCGAAGAUUUCCUGUGCGACGCCAGCGCAAAGAUCGUUGGUCUUGAUUGCGAGUUCACUGACAAAGUGAAAGGAACAAAGCAGAAACUUCUUCCAGAGGAUAAACGGCAACGUGCAGCAGUUUUGCAGCUAUGUGUUGCCAAUGACAUCAUUCUUUUUCAGAUAUUUCAGGCAACAAAGAUUCCAUGUUUGUUAAAGAAAUUCUUGAGCUCGGGGAAGAUUUGGUUUUUUGGUGCAGCAAUUGAUAUGGAUCGCAAGAUGCUGAUGCCUUAUGGAUUAAAUAUCAGGUGUGCGUUUGACUUGCAGAAGAUGAUCAAUAUUCAUAAACUAGAUCCAGUUGUUAAGAAUAAAAGAAUACCAUCACUCUAUGAUCUGUCAAAUGCUGUGUUGGGGACAAAUUUGGAAAAGAAAGGUGAAUCAUGCAAGAAAAUAAGAGAGGAAGGAUGGGCAAGACCCGAAUUAAGCUUUGAUCAGGUCAAAUAUGCAGCCUUGGAUGCACGGCUAAGCUUUGAAAUUCCUAGAAAAAAAUGGGCAAUCAAGGGAUACGAUAUUACUGGAUAUAUGUACAAUUUUGGAAAUUUUAAUUUUCUUUCGUAUAGCAGUACUAGGUUCAACGGUGGUAUUGACAGGAGUAUAGCUGUUGAUAGAAAUUUAAUGGUCGUAGGUACUAAGCUGCAAGCUGCAUCGAGUAUAACUUUGAAGGGCGCAGGAGUACAGAUUGGGCAGUAA